GCUGGAAUCUCUGAUAACCCUUUGCUUAAAAAUGCCUAAUGCGAGUAUUUUAUCAACACGCGCAACGGCGUAAGCAUUUGUAUUUGCAAGCAUUCGAGAUGUCUACGUCGCUGGAUGUGCCGCGCCGGCCAUUGCGCGGUCGUGUUUUGGCCGACCGAAAAGAUGGCGGACUCUUGUUUUCAAGAUCGCUCGAACACUCGGCACAUCGGAACGCGACUGGCACGGUUUUGAAAAGUAAUCAGGCGCGAAAGUUGACAUGCUGCAUGCGCGACAGUCGCAGCCGCGAUAGAACGUCGUUGUGACAAUUCGUGUAUUCGAUCCCCGCGUCGCCGUUGUAGCGCUCGCUCGCUCAUCUCGGCGUCCUCGUCGAAACGAGUCAUUCCAAACGAAGAGCGCAGCUCGCACACGAGGAUUAUUCGAGAAUUCAGAGUGCUGUCAGAUCAUCUUCACGUCCCUCUGCGAUGUGUUGCGGGAUCGGGACAAGAAUGCCAUCGAGUCAGUGAAGUGAUCGCGCGCCAUCGCGGGUUUCUCUAAACUCCCUCCCUUCCCUUCCCCCCUCGUUCCCCCUCCUAACUGUGUGUUUACCGCUCGCCUGCUACGGAGCGCGAUUUUGGUUAGGUUACUCGAGUAAAUCUUUCUAUACUUGUUUUUAUGAUACCGGAACAUCGUCGCGCGUGUUUGUCGCGGUGGUUCACGUUACAAUGUGACGAACUGUCGUUUCUAUGAACUAAUGAUCAUUGAGUAACAGUCUCACGAUGGCAAAUAGCGAUUUUGAUGUGGAGCUCUUCGAGCGGAGACUCCAUACAUUGAAAGACUCUCAGGAGUCUAUACAAGGGCUCUCUGCGUGGUGUCUGGAGAGAAGACAGCAUCACAAAAAGAUUGUUGCCACUUGGUUGCAAGUUUUAAAAAAAGUAAAAGUCGAACAUCGGCUCACAUUGUUCUAUCUGGCGAAUGAUGUUAUUCAAUAUUCAAAACGGAAGAAUUUUGAAUUUGUGGAGUCAUGGGGCACUACUUUGCAACGAGCAACAACUAUGGUUCGUGAUGAGAAAGUAAAACAUCGUAUAUUGAGAAUCUUCAAGAUCUGGGAUCAGAGGCAAGUCUAUGAUGAAGAAUUCCUCGCCGAUCUGUCCGGUUUAAUUUCGGCGGCACCAAAAAAGAAAUUGGAACCCCAGCCGACUGCACAAUCCGAGGAGUUUCAGGCAGCUUUGCUCAUCUCUACGAUGAGAUCUUGUGCGACUCUGGAACAAGCAACUGAUGCUAGACUCCGUGACUUAAGGGAAAGUAACAUAGACAUAGAAUCUGCGGAAGAGUUACGUGCAUCAUUAAAGGAUAGAAGGCGUAUGGAAGAUGCGGAAAAGGAAAUAGAUUUGGUUGCAAGAAAUGUUGAAAAUUAUGUUCGAUCAUUAGAAGCAGAGAUCAGAGAAAGGACACAAGUGAUUGAGUUAUUGGAGCAAGCAGAUCAGUUUUAUGAAACACAACGUGGGGAGGUUAAAAUAGUGACAAAUGCAUACCGGAAUUUUGGUAGUCGUGUGAAAAAUUUGAAGAAAAAAUUGGACGAACUGCUACCGACAUUUGUCUCGCCGAUACCAUCACCGGAUGUGAACGCACCUUCGCCGAGUCCCGACAGCGAUAUAGAACUUCCAGGAGAUGAGACUCAGGCGACAAAUAAUCAAUUGGGAGUAAUUGAUGUAGCACCACCAUCCAUCUAUGGCUCAUAUUCUCACGAAUAUGAUCCUAUACCUGUACCUGCACCUGAUUCGGUACAAGGCAACGAAUCGACGGAUUUUACCAAUAAUUUUCCUUCUUUUAUGGGAGGAAACAUGGAUUUUGGUAAUAUGAGAAAUUUGUUUAAUGAAAGAUCCACAACACCUCCUGGAAUGUCUCAACAGUAUAAUGAAUCUUUGGAGGCAAAACCAAUAGAAGUGAUUAGUAUGAGACCAUCGAAGAAUGAAAACAGCAACGCUGACUUCAAUAUAUCUAGUUUUUUAAAAACAGUUCUUCCUUCUUCCGACGGAACGCCGGAUCCAGGCCUAAUACCAGGUCUGGGGCUGGACGUUUCUGAGAAUCGAAUAGAAUCGCCACAACGCACCAACUAUAGAAACUCGCCUACAUUAGGACAACUUCCCGUAACGCCUGUGAUUUCAAGAAUGAUGGGUAGUCAGGGUGUGCCACCUCUUGGUGGUGCUGGUUUAAAUAAUUGCCAGAUUAGUCACAGUACUCCAUUGUCGAUUCGCAAUCUGCCUGCUGAAUCCCAUACACCUUCUCCAUAUUCCAGUCAAAACAGUCAAAGUAAUAUGACUGGUCCUUUUGAUGGUUCCGCUAACUCUAAUGCAGUUAAUCCUUUACCACCUCCUCCCUUACCACCACCCAUUUUUCUCGAUGACGAAAAUUGUUACAAUAAAUUGCCACCGAAGUUUCCCACGUGGACGCCACCGAAUGAAAACGUCAAGGAAUCAGCCAAAUGGGAGGAAAAAGCGAAUUUCGCUAUAUGUUCAGGAAAGAACAGCAUGAAUCCCACGUGGCCCGGUGAAUGCGACGAUAAAAACAAGAGUUCAUGGAUGGACCGCGAUGGAGAGAGAUGGGACUCCAAUAAUGAUCCUACAUGGCCGGGCAGAACGAAGAAUGACAUAUUAUCAGAGACUCCCGAAUCACCGCCCAUGUAUGAGAAAGCUGGCUUCGCCGAGCCGGUGGAAUAUAAUGAGCCACAACCACAAGAAUCUCUUAAUACCACAGGAGACGUAGAUCACAGAGUGAUUCCAAUUCCAAUGGCUGUCGAAAAUCAGCUACCGUAUCGGUUGAUGAAAGCAGCAGAUGUAGAUCAUCGCAAUUUGAUUAGUUUGACAGGUAGUCCAGCUAAUCACAAUCUCGGCGAUUCAUCAUUGCCUUCUUUGCCCAAUAACAAUAAUCUAUGGUCCACAAGUGAUCAAGAUUAUCGGCGACGCAUGCAACCCGGUGAUAUCGUCGAGAGCGUCGAUAUGGAGAUGUCGGAUGACGAAACUGAUAGUAAGCCAAAAAACAGAGUCCUCGUUGACUUGAGAUCACAAGAUCACGACAUGCGUGUCGGCAUGCCACCAUCGACUACAUCCCAUCUCGACAUGGAUAUGCGUAUAAUUUCUCUUCCUACCGGACAAAUGCCAGGCUCUCGUGGUGGUCAGGAUAUGCACUUGAUACAUUCAGGACCGCCACCACCGCCGUCACUGUCACAACAAUUUCAACACCAAGGUCAAGGUGGUUUUCGGCAAGAGCAACCGGAAUUCUCUCAUCGUAAUCAGUCGGGAGAUUUUCAUCGAAAUCAGCCGAAUUUUCAUCAGAACAGAUUACCGCCGCCGAACUUUCUGCCAAAUCAACAGGACUUUCAUCCGAAUCAGCAAGAGUUUCAUCAACUUCAUCAGUCACAGCAAGAUUUUCAUCAGUCACAAGAUUUUGAAUAUCGUGACAGAGAACACACUAUUCGGUCCAAACAGGAUUUUUUGACCGAAUCAUCAGGACGCGGCAGAUACUCACAAUCGAUGGAUCAUCAACAUCAGCGUGAUAAUUCAUCCUUCCACAGAAAUGAACGGAACAAUCGCGGCAACGGCGGACGUGGAUUUCCGAGGAAUCGCCGCGAUCGAUACUCGGAUGAUCACAACAUGAAACAACGCAAUAAUUUGACGAGUAAUCGUAAAUCAAGAUCGCAGGAUCAGCAGCAUCAUCAAUCAUCGCCGGACACUUUGACUAACAAUCGACCAUUAUUACUGCAACCACCCGACACUGUUGUAAUCUUAGAUGAGGAAGGCAUGCCAAUUGGUAUGCCGGAUUUCGAUCAGGAGAGCAACGUUCCAUCCAACAUAGCGGAUGCUCAAACAGAGCCAGAACACGAUUCCGAUAAUUGUCAGAACUCUUCGAUGCCACAAGCACGACGGACAUCACACGAUCCACCGAGUUCUCACGAAUCUGAGCAUAAUCAGCUACAGCAAGGUUACCAAAUAGGCCCCGAUCACGAGCAGCAAGUACCCUCACUAAAGUCGGAUGAUCAGCCAUCAAUGAAUCAAGUGACAGUUAUUCCGAUAACAUCUGACAGCACCAGCGAUGACCCGCAACAACAAAAUCAGUAUGUUCCUAUUUCAGACUACGAGGAACAUGUAGAAUCGGCCGAGCAUUCCGAUCCUACGGAGAAGACAAGUGCGAUUGACAAAUGCGAAUCGAUCGAUCAGAGACAAGAAGUGAAUUUCACGGAAAACGAACAAUUGGACGAAUUGAUGAGCUCGACCACAUCGGGUAACGAAUUGAAAAGACCAUCGACGAACGGUAGUUUUGAUGAACAGAGUCAUGAUGAAGGAAGUUCUAACAAAAAGAGAACUCUAUUACCGAACGGUCCGCAAACGCCAAGCACGAGCGAAUCAUCAGGACCAAAUAGUCCUUCGCCGCACGUUAAUACAUCGUCGACGGAAUUGCAUCCCGCCAUGAUGUACGAGUACGACGGGCCGAACUUUCGGCCACGCCUAGGUGCGCCUUUCCCGCCCUGGCGAGGUGGACCGCCGCCUCCACCUUCUAGAGGGAAUAGAGGUUUUAGAGGUGGAUUACCGCCACGGGGCCCAUGGAUGGACAGAGGGCCGCGCGGACCUGCGGCCGGUAAUUUUUCGCCGAGAGGACUGAAACGCGGAGGUGGACAGUUUCGGGGCGGCGGUGGCUUCAGAGGCCGGGGACGAGGCAGUAAUUGGUAGAUAAGCGCAAAAUUCGAAAGACUCGAUGACGGAUCUCAGUUGUCAUAAUCUGACCGAAAACAUACGAAGUGCGCUUUGCACCCUGUAAAUAUGCGAACUGUUAUGUUUUGACAUUCAGACACACACACACGCACGCGCGCGCGCGCGCGCGCACACACACACACACACACACACACAUAUAUAUAUAUAUAUAUAUACAUACUCGCGCAUUGCGCGCAACAUACUUACCAUACAUAUACACACACAAUUGGCUCCAGAUGGAAAUCUUCUGUAAUGAAGAUUCUUCACAUCCUUCUGUGUGCGAUUGAUUCGCCUAUAUAAAUAUAUAAAUAAAAAACUAUAAAUAUAUAAUAUACAUACACGUAUAUAGAUAUACAUAUUACAUAUUUCGUUAAGAUCUUACAAAUAUUAUCGAAGCGACUUGAGUUCAUGCAUGUAUAUACAUAUAUAUACACAUGUACAUGCUAUUCGUAGAUCAGAUAAUAAUAAAAACACAUGUGAUGAAUCAAGUCGUUCAUAGUCGCUCCGAUAAUUAUUAAUCAAUACCACUAUCACCCUCAUAGAUUUUCAGGAGAGUUUGUGUUAUUGAUAUACAUGCUAGAGGAGGAUUGUAAUGAUAAAUCCGUCAAGUGAGAAGACUUGUGCGAAGAAAUCCAUAUUUUGGCGAACUAGCGAGCAAGAUUGAGCAUUGAAUCGCAAAUAACGAUAGUUAAAUGAUGAUUGAUAGCUUAUUGAUAACAACGAUUGAAACUAAUGUAAUUUUGCUGAGUUCAAAUUUCCAUGCAUAUGGAAACUAUUAAUAACGUGAAAAAAUAAAUUCUAUGUUUAUUAUGUAUAGAGAAUUGAACUCAUCAAAAUUGUAUCAGUUCCAAUUUUUGUGUGUGUUUUUUAUUCAAUCGUUUUAAUUUAUUCUUCACGGAUCUUCUAUUAUUUUCCUUCCUCAUUCAUUUUUGAACAUAAAAAUCACAAUCACCUGUUUCCCCGUCUUCAACCUAUCUGAUUCUGUCUGCUAUUUGAGCUUGAGGUUCAUUAUAAAAAGAAGAAAAAAAGGAAAAAUGCAAAAAAUACAGGCGUAUUAAUGAAUCAUCUAAGUAUUAGUAAAAUGCAGUGUUUACGUUUUGGUCCGUUUCGUACAAUUUUCCUAUUGUUGUUUCUCAAAUAUAUACACAUAAAUGAAUGUUUCGUAGUAAAUCGUUUUCAUAAUGAAACGGCAAUAAAUAAUUAAGUUGCAGAAAAUCAAUCUGAAGCGUCGUGUUUUCAAUUCGUUCUUUAUAAACUACAAAAUCACAUAGAAUCGUUUCGUAUAUAAGAUAUUAAUUCGAGAGAGAAAGAGAGAGAUAGGCUAUCGAUAUAAGGUGCUCUUAUGUAAUUGUUAAUAUUUUUCUGUAGUUGUGAUCAGAAAUAGAAAUGUAAAGCGAAUAUAAAGGCUAUGCAGGAACGA